UGUCUCUUCUUAAGUUUGAAGUUGCACCGGACAUGCCAACCAUGGCCGCCAUCUCAGCCGCCACCGGCGGGGACGCGGCUACGCCUGCGAACGAUGUCGUCGAGGACCUCCUCGGUUUUUUGCGUGUCCUCGGGGAUGGAACCGUUCUCCGGUUGCCGGACCCGGUGUUCUGCCCGACCACCUUUCCGGAGAGCCAUCCGUCGGUGCAAUGGAGGGAGACCGUGUACGACAAGGCUAAGAACCUCCGCGUCCGCAUGUACAAGCCGGCCGCGGCCGGGAAGCUGCCGGUGCUCGUCCACUUCCACGGCGGCGGCUUCUGCCUCGGGUCGUGCACGUGGGCGAGCGUGCACGCGUUCUGCCUCCGCCUGGCCGCGGAGGCUGGUGCCGUCGUGCUGUCCGCCGGGUACCGCCUCGCCCCCGAGCACCGGCUCCCCGCGGCGGUUGAUGACGGGGCCGGUUUCCUGCGCUGGCUACGGGAGCAGUCUGCGAACGCCGCCACCGCCGACGGUUGGCUCACCGAGGCCGCCGACUUCGGGCGCGUGUUCGUCACCGGUGACUCGGCGGGUGGCACCAUCGCGCACCACCUCGCCGUGCGCGCCGGCUCGGUCGCGGCCGCCAAGCUCGACCUCGACCCGGUCACGGUCCGAGGCUACGUCCUUCUGAUGCCGUUCUUCGGCGGCGUCCGCCGGAUGCCGUCAGAGGCCGAGUGCCCCGCGGAGGUUUUCCUGAAUCUGGACCUGUUCGACAGGUUCUGGCGGCUGUCGCUGCCGGCCGGAGCCACCAGGGACCACCCGGCGGCGAACCCGUUCGGGCCGGACAGCCCCGGGCUGGGCGCGGUGGACUUCCCUCCGGUCCUAGUGGUGGCCGGCGGCCUCGACAUGAUGCGCGACCGCGUCGCCGACUAUGCCGACCGGCUGGCGGCGAUGGGCAAGCCGGUGGGGCUCGUCGAGUUCGCCGGCGAGCCGCACGGGUUCUACACGCUGGACCCGGGGUCCGAGGCCACCGGCGAGCUGAUCAGGGUCGUUGCCCGGUUUGUCGAGGACUGCGUCGCAGCGUCGUCAGAGGCUGCUGCUUAACUCAUCGUAGCUACGAGUCCAAAGCUGCAUCAAGCGUCGUGUCGUAUCUUGUCGAGUGCAACUUGCCUGUGUAUGCUGAGGUGUCCAUGCAUGUAUCUGUGCUUCUCGCAUAUAUAGUCGCAUGGAGACGUACGUGUUAUCUAGGGUAUGCACUAUCCGAUUGAUCUCACGUGUCAGCUGAUUAGGAGCACAACUAGGCAGCUUAUCAUGAGGGCAGGCAAGAGCUUAGUCAUGUUUAGUCAUGGUCUCAUGGACUCAUGCAUGGAUCCUUAAAUAUAUGGAUGUAACUAGGAGUUUAAUGGACUGUAUGG